CUCGCGUUUUUGGGCCUGCACUUUGAACCUUUCGUGUGACUAAAGAUACGAGUUAGAGUGCGCCUGUCCGCAUUCCGGUUCGCCCUGCUCCGCCGUCCAACUGUCCACCGCAUUUUCGGCUCGGAAUCAGAGUCAGAAUCCCGCGGAACUCGCUGCCGUGCACAUCGCAUCGCAUUUUCACAGCUGUGUUUUCAGCAUUUUCGUUCCGCUCUCUCCGGUUCUCAGAGCGCUCCGUUCCGCUCUCUCCGCGCGCGCUCCUCUACGAUUCCAUUGAUAACCUGAUCCGCCCCCGCCGCCCGAACCGCCCCCUCAAGUUUCCGCAAAGUGCAAAGCAAAGCAAAGUAAAACAAAGCAAAGCAAAUCAAUCAAUUAAAAUAGUACGCCAAUAGUGCAUUGCGUGUGCUAAUUAAUUUAGGUUGCCAUCGCCCCCUCCCGCGACUUCAUUGUGUUUAUUAAUUAGCAAGCAGUGCAUAGUUUCCGGCGGAAAAGGGCAACUUUCCGUUAUUUUCGAGCUUCCGUUUGGCGGCCAAAAAUAACAAAAAAAUAAAGGAUACUCCGACAUGACGCACUGGGAGGACUUCUACAACACGCACCUGCCGCCCGCGGACUUCGAGGACAAUCGCUCCCUGCUCAAGGAGUUCUGCGAAAGGCACAACAAGCUGCAGAACCGUAUCGUCCUCGUCACGUCCGGCGGCACCACAGUUCCCUUGGAGCACAACACGGUGCGGUUUGUGGAUAACUUCAGCGCGGGCACACGGGGCUCGGCUUCGGCGGAAUACUUCCUCGACCAUGACUACGCCGUGAUCUUCAUGCACCGCCACAAGUCGCUGGAGCCCUUCACCCGGCACUUCACUGGCCAGCAGUUCUUCGACAUGCUGGACAUUGCGGACAACAGCCAGAGCUCCACGAUAGCCAUCAAGCCGGACUCGGUGGACGUGUUUGCGCCGGUGUUGGCCAAGUACAAGAUCGCCCGCGAGACGCAGAUGAUCCUGUACGUGAACUUCACCAGCGUGGUCGACUACAUGUGGCUCCUACGCGCCGCCUGCGAGUGCCUGGCCGCCUUCGAGGAGCGGGCCGUGCUCUACCUAGCAGCUGCCGUAUCCGAUUUCUACAUACCCGAGGACAUGAUGCCCACCCACAAAAUGCAAUCGGGAGAUGGGGCGCCGACGAUUUCGCUCCAGCUGGUUCCAAAAAUGCUGGCCCCCUUGGCCAGCUUGUGGGUGCCGCACGCCUUUGUGGUGUCCUUUAAGCUGGAAACGGACGAGAGCCUAUUGAUAGUUAAGGCACGUGACAGCCUCAACAAAUACAAGCACAAGCUGGUCAUUGCCAAUGUGCUGCAGACACGCAAACAUCGCGUGGUCUUCGUCACGCCCACAGAUUCCUACGAGCUGCAUUUGAGCCGCGAGCAGACGCUGCAGGGACUCGAGAUCGAGGAGCCCAUCGUGGCCGACUUGGUGCAAAAGCACGGCGAGUUCAUCAGCAGCGUGCAGCAGCGCCAAUGACCGUUGUCCAUGCGCCGGAGGCCCCAGACGCAGCAACAUCUGCAGCAUCAGCAGCACCACCACCAACUGGUGGCCACCGGCGACGAGGAUGACGAUGGCGGCGAUCUGGAUCGGGAUCCGUAUUGCGUGACCAGCUCGCAUUAUUGCCGCGUCCUCAAUCCGGGCACGCCAAGCUUCGCCCGCAAAUACUGAGCAGGUUAAAUAGUCCAUAGUGAAUACCGAAAUGCGGAUGGCGGACAUUUGCAUAUUCCUUACCGUUUGAGUUCCCCUCCGAUACAGUUUAUCUAUUAAUGGGGGUCGCGCCUCAUAAUUGAGGCGGCUUCACUCCAUUAGCCCCUUCCCUCAUGUUGUUGUUUUCUAUAUUAGUUAAUGUAUUUCGUUUAUUGUUGUCAUGAGAAAUGA